UAAUAUUCUCAGAAUGAGGAACAACUACCUAGUUUUGCUAAUCAUUUCGAUUUUGCUUCUACAAGCAUGCAAUGGUGAGAAUGUAGAUGCACCUAUUGAAAAGUCUAGUUGGCAACUUUCAGGCACAGUUGGAUGCAUCAGAUUUGCAUGGAACUUUGGAUACUUCGUAUAUAACCUAUUCGUGGCAAUUUUCUUCAAGGACUUCCACCUUUUAGCCGAAGACAUUCUGAGAAUUCCUGGCUUAGCCCAGAUGCUAUUCAGAGACUGCCUCAGAGAAUAAUAACAAGUUGUAAUUUAACUUCCUUAAAACUGUACAUAAAAG